CUGUAGUAUGCAAUGAUGUACAAGUUCAACAGAUUCCCAACAGUCCUAGAGGGCCAUGGUGUUAGGGAGUUUCAGCGUGCUGAAACAUUUAAGAGCUUAAUGUAUGUCACUGCCUGACCACACAUCUUGUGCUUAUAUUAUUUUUCUGUUAUGUUUUUAAUGUUCUGUCUGUUGAACAGGAAGUUCAUUUUGAAUGGUGUCAGCAUUGCACACAAGCACCUCCACUCUGUGCCCCUACCUACAAACUUCUGCAGCUGCAUCAGUCCCUUUUCAUUUUUAAAACAUUAAUGCAAUGCUUUUGUGCUCUUGAGUACAUCGAUUGUUUCCAAAGCCUAAUUUGACUGCUGAUGUUGUUUAUAUCUUGUUGCUAAAUGACAGGUCUUGGCACUGCGUUUCUGCUUUUUAAAUUGAAACUUCAAUUUGCACCUUUAAGGUGUGGCAAUUUACCUAGUGCUACAUGUAAGAAUAUAUACAACAUGUGUGUGUGUGUGUGUGUGAGAGAGAGAGAGAGAGAGAGAGAGAGAGAGAGAGAGAGAGAGAGAAUAUAAUAACUUCGCUGCCCCCUGCUGGCACCAGCCUUGCAUACGGGGACCCCUGCAGAGAGGGUAUAAUAAGACCUGCCAUUGCUUUACUGAUAUCAAUACUCACAGACUGAUUACACCCAUGGAAGGAGAAUGGUUGUGCACUGGCACAUACAGCACAUCCACAUAUGCAUAUACACACAGACAGAUUGCACAUUACUUGCUGUUGCCACCUGCAUUGUCAAGGGUCCAGGAUGAACUAGCACUAUUAGCAACUAGCAUUAUUAGCAGUUCAAGGAACUGUCAGUGAGCAAGUUAUUGAGAAAAAAAAUGAACUUUGUUUAAUCUUACUUUCUAAGGCUUGUGCUCAUUUUUAUUUACUUGUUUCAAAUUAAAAAUUGACAAGCUUGAUGUUGAUUUUAGGAGAAAUGAGCAUGUGACACUCAGCUAUGUAACUUGCAAGGCCCUCUUGUGUUCUAUAAUGUUCACACUAUCUGCAGCUCAAAUGGAAAAGAGAGGUGUGUGGCUUUGAUGCUUUUCUGUAUUCUUUUUGCCUGAGGAAAAUCCUUUGACAAAACUAUUCUGAAUAACCUCACUGCCGGUGUGACUGGUGCAGUGGCUGCUGUUUAUUAUGGCUUGGAAGAGAUGGCAGCUUAGCUUUUUAUAGUUGGGUGGUGGUUUGAGCUCUAUGUAGUCCUUGUGCAACAAGGAUUAUUUUUUACAUAGUCCUAUAUAUGUAUCUGUCUGCUACUGAGAAGCUGGGAAGGUUGUAGGGAGCAGGAGCAGGAGAUAGAAUGUAUUACUACUGAAAUUAACAAGGUGCAGUGUCUUGGCAAGAUUUGCCUCCUGCUCUUCCAUUGCAGUCCAGGAGGGGGCACCAGAGGGUGGCAUGGCCAGGCUGACCAUUCAGUGAACCUGCAGAAUGGCCGUGCACCUUUGAGGUUCUUGGCAGAUUGAAACCCCAGCAAGUGAUGAUUGCCUGUUUUUAGAGCAGCUGUCCUACCGUGGGCAGGGCGUGGCUGUCCCCCUGCAGUGCCACUGCUAUUGUGGGUCCAGCUCCCCCUGCUGGUGGGCCCCACCAUGCUGUGGACACUGCUCCUGGCCGCCUUACUGCUGCUCCUCCUGCAGGCUCAGCUCAACACCUGCCUGAGGGAGCUCUGCUCUGCGGCCUCCCCCUCGCCCGGCAACCCCCCGGCGCCCUGCGACAAGCCGUCACCUGGCAACGCCAGCCAGCGCCUCCCGGGAGCCAUCAUCAUCGGCGUGCGGAAGGGCGGCACGCGGGCGCUUCUGGAGAUGCUCAGCCUGCACCCGGGCGUGGCGGCCGCCAAGGCCGAGGUGCACUUCUUCAACGUGGACGAGCACUACCGCCGCGGCCUGGCCUGGUACCGCGCCCAGAUGCCCCUCUCCCUGCCGGGGCAGCUGACGGUGGAGAAGACCCCGGGGUACUUUUCUGCCCCGCGGGCCCCGGGCCGGGUGCGGGCCAUGGACGAGGGGGCGCGGCUCCUGCUGAUUGUGCGCGACCCGGCGGAGCGGCUCGUGUCGGACUACACGCAGGUCCUGCACAACCGGAGGCAGCGCGGGAAGCCGUACCCCCCCCUGGAGGAGCUGCUGCUGGAGCCGCACGGCGGCGUGGACCUCACCUACAAGGCCCUCCAGCGCAGCCUGUACCACCUGCACCUAGGCCGCUGGCUGGCCCGUUUCCCCCGGGCGCAGAUCCACGUGGUGGACGGGGACGCCCUGGUCAGGGACCCCUUCCCCGAGCUCCAGGGGGCAGAGAGAUUCCUGGGCCUGCCCCCCCGCAUUGCCCCCUCCAACUUCUACUUCAAUGCCACCAAGGGCUUCUACUGCCUGAUCCCCGAGGCCGGGCACGAGCGCUGCCUGGACGAGUCCAAGGGCCGCCCCCACGCCCCGCUCAGUGCCGACGCCCGGCGCAAACUCUGCCAGUACCUGCGCAAGCCCAACCGCCGCUUCUUUCGAAUGGUGGGCCGUACCUUAGCCUGGUGCUGAGGGGAGGGCUUUGACCACUGCCCGUCCACCAAUUCUGACCAAUCAGAGAAGAGAGGAGACUUAGGGUGGGGUCGUCUGGAGGUCCUCUUCUGUUAUGCUUCAGCGCUGCCUUGUGUCCAGCAGCGUGUGCUGAUUCCAUGAGUCAUCCGUGAAUCUGAGGAAAUACGAGACCUACUGUGUAUGUUAAAAAUGUUUAAUUUACUGAAAUUUUAUUUUUUCCAUCCCCUGACUGCACUCUGCUGAUAUUUGCACUCUUAACUACAAAGCCUUGGGCACUCCUCUGUGUGUGAGGUCUCAAUAAGGACUGGCGAAAUUCAUGAGUGGGUUUAGAACAUACUCAGGUGUGAGGUCUGAAUAGCCCUGCGCAUGGUGACAAUGGGACCACAAAUGAUGACCUUCGGCUCCCCAACAGUCGGUUUUAGCCCCAGAAGUUUGAAACCAAUGUUUUCGUUGCUCAGAUUUAGAAUUAGCGAUAAUAGCCGUAGGCGCUUCUCAUGGCCAGAACAUCCUAGUGAUUCAGCCAGCCACUGAUUCUUUUCACUGCGCAUCGAUCGUGCUGUAGGACAGCGCUUCACAUGUCACUGGUGCAUGUGGGCUGCAGGCUCCCGGUCGGCCAGGAGGGGGUGCUCUUUCAGGAUGAGCCAUUCAGAUGUAUGACACCAGUGCCACACACAGGCCCUUCAGUCCAGGCCU